AUGUGGUUCCACGAAUGGUGUUUUAUUGAAUCAAAUGCUGAUUUAUUUACAGAUUUGAUCUAUACAUUAGGAGUUGAUGGUGUUGAAGUGAAUGAAGCUAUAUCACUUAAUGAUGAUUAUAUUGAACGAAUAAAACCAUGUCAUGAUUUGAUCUUUUUAUUUAAACAAAAACAAACAAAUACAUCAAAUGAAAAUUUAGUUAAAGGUGCACGUCUUCAUGAAAUAUGUUUUGGUCAACAAAUUUAUAAAAAUGUUUGUCCAAUACAAGCUAUUUUAUCGGUUUUAUUGGAUUGUACACGUGAAGAUCUUAAUUUUGGUGCAACAUUAACUGAAUUUAAAGAAUAUUCUCAAAAAUUUCAUUCAAAAGGACUUGGUCGAUUUCAUACAAAAAUGAAAGGGAUUGCUUUAUCAAAUCACGAACCAAUUCGUGAUGUACACAAUCGUUUUGCAAAGCUCCAAUUGAUUCAUGGUGCUAUUCCGGAAGAUAAUGAAUGGCUUGAUAUAGCUCGACCAAUUGUUCAGCGACAUAUUCAAAAGUUCAUUGAAGAUAAAAUACAUUUUCGUUUAAUGGUCAUUGUCAGUGAACCUGAUAAAAAAUAUGAACGAGAAUUAAAACAAGUAUUAGCGGAUUCUUCAUUAACUGAUGAUGAACGAAAUGCUCAAAAAUCUAAUUAA